GAAACACCUGUUUACUCGUUUGUUCUGUGAUCGAUUCGUUUGACUUGCAGUUUUAAGACAUAGCACGCAGACGCACUGCAUCGGUGUUUGAUUAAUCUAGACUAUAGUUGGUGCUAGUUUAUCGGAGUUUAAACGAAUUUAGAAUACUUUAUUUUCUGUAGAUAUAAACUUACAAUUCAUUCCACAAAUUGUGGCAUUUGGCAGGAUGUCAGGAUGGCAAGUGGCCCUGGCUUGCCAGACAGCCUGGUGCUGGAGAUCUUCUUGCAUCUUCCUCACAAGGCGGUGCUAAGCGCUGGCCUUACCUGCCAUCAGUGGUUCGCUGUGUCACGGGAUGAGUUUCUCUGGAAGGAGCUCUUCUACAACUACUACCGCAUCCCACGCUCUGUGCCCCGCCACCCAGCGGCUUUGUCAUGGUACAGGGAGUUUAAGCGGUUGUAUGACUGUAUCCCCUGUGUGGAGGUUCAAACUUUAAAGGAACAUCAUGACCAGGUCUUGCAUCUGGCCUUCUCUCACCGCGGGCACCGCUUUUCCUCCUGUUCCAAAGACUGCACUGUUAAGCUGUGGGACACAGAGCGUCCAGAUGGCACCAUCUCUUUGGUUCACAGUUCCAGCAUGCGGCAUUUUAACUGGGGCUACACUCAGUUCUCCCAGUUUAACGCUGAUGACACACUCCUGCUGGUCUCAGGGGUUUACCUGGGCCCACAUCACUCCUCUUCCGGAGAGAUCGCAGUCAUUAGUUUAGAGAACUACACCCUGCUGUCUCGUGUGAGAAAUAAGCCCUACGACGUGUUCGGCUGCUGGCUGAAUGAGACUCACCUCAUCUCUGGUAACUUGCAUUGGAUUGGCAACAUGACCUCCUGCACUGUGCUUUGGCUCAACAAAGCCUUCCAGGACAUUGAGUCAGAAAAUGUGAAUGUGGUGAAGCGUCUCUUUAAGAUCCAAAACAUUAAUGCCAGCACCAUCCGCACAGUGAUGGUCGCCCACUGUCGUCGUCAUGACUCCCCGGACCUGCUUCUGGACUACGAAGCUCAAUCACAGGCUCAGGCCCAGCAGACACAACAGCACCAGCCUUUGCUCUUUGAUCUUGGGAGCACAGACAGUGAAGAGGAGGAGGAUGAAGAAGAUGAGGAUUAUGUGGAUGAGGAGCGAAGAGACAAGAGAGGCUCUGCACAUCUGCCCUCAUUUAACCCAUCUGGAUUGCAGCAUGUUAUACAUGGACGUAAGAACACCGCAGCCCGCGAUCGUGAGUUAGAGACGCAUGUGGCAAAGCUAAUGGGCAGCAGGCGCACAAAAGCUCCUGAUCCAAACCUGGUGUCUCCAUCUGCUCCUGGAGGUGAAGAAGAAAAGACUUACCUCCUCUUCACCACAGGCAGCCUCACCUAUUCCCCUCACCAAAUAGGUAUUAAGCGUAUAAUGCCUGAACAGAUGACAACUUGUGGGCCCGUGUUGGGAGAGGAGCGCAGCACAGAGGAGUUCUUUGACUCGCUGGAUCAUGUGAUCGACAUACAUGGUCACAUCAUUGGCAUGGGACUGUCACCCGACCACAGGUACUUGUAUGUGAACAGUCGAGCAUGGCCAACGGGCUGUGUGAUAUCAGAUCCUAUGUCCCCUCCACCUAUCGCAGAAGAGAUCGACCUGCACGUGAUUGAUCUGAAGAGUCUAAGAGAGGAGCGUCGCAGCCUUCGAGCCCACCGGGCUUUCACUCCGAAUGACGAAUGCUUCUUCAUCUUCCUCGAUGUCAGCAGGGAUUUUGUUGCCAGUGGAGCGGAGGACAAGCACGGUUACAUCUGGGACCGGCACUACAACAUCUGCCUGGCGCGUCUGCAGCACGACGACGUGGUCAACUCUGUAGCCUUCAGCCCAGCGGACCAGGAGCUGUUGCUGUCUGCCAGCGAUGACUCCACCAUUAAAGUAUGGCGCUCACCACGCAUGGUGCGACUUGGACAGAGCCCACAGCGGCCCCACAGGGCUCGAAAACUUCUCUCCUCCCUGUUCGGCCACAGAAGUGCUCAUUUGAACGGUAAGCCUUGACCCGAUCACAUGACAAAAAAGGCUUCGUCACAGAGGCUUUGAAUGAAGACACUCCAUGGGACAUUAAU